CCACGAAUAAAAAUUUUUAUGAUGAAUGUUUGUGUUUCAGACAAGACGGAGUAUCUUAUAUAAUCGUCCUUUGUCUAUCUCACCCUCUAUCCUCCAAAAAACUAGAGUACUGCUUCUUAUAUAGAGAUGAUACGGGCAGGUUCAGUUGGAAGAAGAGAUACACGUGACCGCGUUGAAAUUGACGAUGACUUUAAUGAAUGGGACGUCCCAGGUGACUCUGAAUUUGACGAGAAGGGACGCACCAUGAUCUCUCACAUCUACGUUUCUUUCGAUAGUAUCAUAAGAUCUAUUCAGUUUGGUUACUUGGAGAUUGGAGCUCUAGUCCUGUCUGAAAAGUAUGGUCCAUCUGAGGGGUACAGCUUUCGAGUUGUGAGACUGAAUCAAGAUGAAUAUGUGACUGGCUUGAGUGGAGCACUUGGCCAAUAUGGAGGAAUCAGAAAUUUGACAUUUCACACUAACCGUGGGAAGCACGGACCGUUUGGGCACGAUGAUUUGGAUGCAAGUCGUCGUCCCUUAAUUGAAAUUGAUCCGGCAAUACGUGAUCGACGUGAGUUUGGUGGUUUCUUUGGAUCUUACUCUUCAGGCUGUGUGACAUCGAUUGGUUUGUACGUGUGUCCAAUUCCUAGUUCUCACAGGGUGGUUUAACGUGACCAAGCAAAGCCUAGUAGCAGCGUUCAUCCAAUAUUCUGGUUCAAUAUGUUGUUUGCCGUUUCUCGAAAUA